AUUGGUAAUAGAUUUUGUUGUUGUCUCUUAUUACCAUUAGAUGUUAACUAACGGUUAAGAGUUGAAAGUUAAGACGAUCUUGGUAAUGGUUUUAAAUCUUCUGGUUAAAGCUUCGCUAAAUUUACCUUAUGGCUAACCAUUUGAUUGUUAAUUUAAUGGUGUUUGAUGGUUAAUCCAAUAGUUGCAAGAUAAGAUAACGAUUCAAGUCUGGGACAUUCUCUGUCUACUUGUGUAUUUGUGAAAAGUCCGUCCACUGUUUACUCUGGUUUUACAUUGUGUGUGUGUUGACUCUCUGGUCUCAUCUGCUGUGCAACUUCAACUUGUAUUUAUAUCAUUUGAAACUAAUCAAUUUGGAUAUUUGCAACUUUCAACUCAAUCCUAACCCCUUAAUCUGACUCUUAAAGUUCACUGUACACUUUAUUACCAACACUCACCGGAGUUACCUCAACGUUGUUUCAUUGUUGUGCUUAACUGUUUCACUCAAUUUAUCUAGCCAUUUGUUUAUAAGGACUAAUUAUGUUUUGAUUUUACUUUAAUCGAUUUAUAGUGUCAAUUAUCUCAUUCUUCUUGGUAAUCUUCUUGAUUCAAUAAAGAUGUUGACUAUUUAUUUUAAUUAUGAACUGAAUGAACAUCUAUCGACAAAAUUGAAUCAAGAUAAUAUAAACAUCAUCUGAGUGAUUGGUUCACUUUAUCGUAAUUAUCGUUACUUCUUAAUCAUACCAACACAGCUAAUAGUGUUACUUUUUUUCUUCCCAUUUUCAUCUUUAACCAUAAUCAUCAUUCACAAGAUCUCAAUUUCAAUCACAUCAUGAAUAUACCUCUUUUAAUACUUUUUAUAUUCAUCAUAUUUAUACAUUCAAUUGUAAAUGUCCUCGGUUAUAGUAAAGCUCCACCGAGAUUAGCAUUACCCAAAACCAAAACCAAUCCAGUAAUUUAUUUGGUUGGAUCUAAAGUUCAACUUCAAUGUCCUGUUUAUGCUGACCCCAAGAGGCUAUUUGUUGAAUGGAUGAGAAACGAUAUGCCUGUUGAGCAUAUCCACAGGUAUUUUGUUACCCUCAAUGGUUAUCUGAGAAUUGAAUAUGCUCAAUUGGAAGAUUCUGGUGUUUACACUUGUAAAGCAGCCAACGGAUUUGGUGCUGUCUAUGCCAAUAUUACCCUCAGUAUUUUACGCCAAGAAGAUCUCGGUGAAUCGGGUGGAUUUAAAUUUGACAAUGUUAACCGACUUCUUUUGUCCAAUGACUACCCAGAAGAUUUGGGUUCAUCAUCUUCCCUGUCUCAAUACAAUUAUGUUGAAGAUACCUUACUUGGUCCAUACUUUGUAGAUCUAGUUCCUCCAAAAACCAAAGUAAUCAAACUAAAUUCUGGUAAACCAUUGAGAUUACGGUGUAAUGUUGCCGGUAAACCCAGACCAGAAAUACUUUGGUAUAAAAAUGGAUCACCCAUUAGUCCAACUCGAUUACCUCCCGGAACUACCAGAUUCAAUGGUAUUUUCACCAUUCCCGAAAGUCGUAUUGAAGAUUCAGGAUAUUACAUGUGUGUUGCCUCCAAUGUUAAAGGUCAAAUAAAUACAACGUUCAGUGUUACUAUUUCAGAUAAAGUGAAUCGGCCAGAAAUUAUCGGAAUCAACCCUGAAAAUAGUACAGUUCUAUUGGGUCAACACACUUUCUUAGAUUGCCAGUUCAAAAGUAAACUAGAACCAUUAGUUAGGUGGUUAAAAGAGCUUUCACCAGAGGAACUUGAAGACGAACCAGAUGAAGGUAUUCUGAUUGAGAUUGAUGGCGAAUAUUUCAGAUCUUUGAAAUCAUCGCCAAUUUUACACAAACGAGAUGGAAUCUAUUAUAAUAGGUUGAUAAUUGAUUCAGUUGAUCGAAGUGAUUCUGGUAAAUACUUGUGUUCCGUGGUUAACUAUAAAGGAUAUGCUUAUCGUGCAAGCUAUUUGACGGUGGUAACAUCAACUGAAAUGAAUCAACUGCGAGACUUGGGAUUACCUGGGAUCAAUUACUGUACUCUAUUAAUAAUCGUUAUAGCCAUCAUUGGCUGUAUAGUCCUGGUAAUAUUUUUCACCUUUUUCUUGUACGAAAACAGGGGAAGAAGAAGAGAAGGAAUUUUGGGAUUAAGGAUUGGAAUUGGCAGGAGAGGAUCGGAAAGGGCUAGAAUUGGAGGUGGAGGAACCAAAAAUGCCUCCAGAAUUGAUGUUCCUGGUUUAAAUGAUGGCUUUGAUGGUAAAAGUCAUCUAUUUCCAACUGACACUCUAUCUAAGACUGAUCAUUCGCUUAAAUUCCCAAUUUCAGGGCACCUUUAUCAACCUUCUGUCUAUCAUCAUCAUGUUAAACAUCUUCAACCGCCAACACCAAAAUUUCAAUCCAAAGUUCGACCUUUGCGACUUUCAUCUUCAUCUUCAUCAUCAGCCAUUUCUCCUGCUCAUCAACAAAACCAUUAUUCCAAUGCCAAUGAAUGUGGAUCGUAUAGUCGAUGUCAAUAUGAACAGCCUAACCAUAGGCAUAAAUAUCAAUAUCAUCAGAAUCCCAAUUAUUCUAAUCAACGUUCGGUCAAAGAUUAUGCGUCUUAUCAAAAGUUGACCAAUGCAGUUAUUGAAAUAACCCCAACAGCAUCAUCUAAUCGAAGUCUUGGUGUUAUCUAAGACAAAAAGUCACAAAUAAUUUCAUAAAUUGUACAUUUGAAAAGAGAUAUUUUAUCAAUGGGAUUAUGAAAGUAUCUAACAAGCAUUUCAUCAGUCGUUUAUUUAAUCAUCUUCACCUUCAUGACCCCAUCACCAAGCUCAUUAUCAAGCAUCAUCAUCUUUUUGGUGUCUUUUCCUUUCAACCUCUAUUUCAUUGUAUUUUUUGUUUUCUAAUAAUCUCAAAUGGCAUUUAUUGUCGAAGACUCAGCAGUCUUAUUGCAUGUGAGAGUGAAUUAGAGUAUUUUGUUUUAGUUUAAAUUGUACAAAGUGUCUUCAAAAGUUGCUCCAAACACAAAAAUUGCAUUCAUUUUCAUUGCAUGAUCAUAAAAUUAUUGAAAAUUGUUACAAGAUCAAAGUAUUUUUUACUCUAGUAAAUAAAUUAUAUCACUAAAGUAAACCACGAUUUAA